CUCGGGUGGGCGUGCUGGAAGACGUAUGUGGGGCGGCCGGAGACAAACCAGAUUCGGCGCAUGGCGAUGAACCUGCUUGGGAUCGGCCUAGGCGCCGCAAACCACCACGAGGACGCGUUGUCCGUGAAAGAGGCCGAGUUGUCUACGAUGCGGCGCCUUGGUGCACCAGAAGACGACGUGCUCGUCACGCAGAGCAAUCUUGCGAGCACGUAUCGAGCGCUAGGGAGGCUCGACGAGGCCAUGCAGAUGCGACGAGAUGUCUAUUCUGCAACUGUAAAGCUCAAUGGCCACGAACAUAGUGAUACCCUCAUAGAAGCCAACAACUACGCGCAGGCCCUGCUUAAUCUACAGCGCUUCAAAGAAGUCAAGGAGUUUCUUCGUGAAAAGGUUCGCGUGGCGCGACGCGUUCUUGGCGAGGAUCAUGAACUCACGCUCAUGAUGAGGGGGUCUUACGCGGAAGCGCUCUGCAGAGAUCCCGCCGCCACACUCGACGAUCUCCGCGAGGCCGUGACGACGAUUGAGGAGAAUUCACGGAUCGCCCGGCGCGUGCUCGGCGGCGCGCACCCGGCCACAGCCGGGAUUGAGCGGGACCUCCAAAAGGCGCGAGCCGCGCUCCGCGCCCGCGAAACGCCGCCGACGACGGAGUCAUAA